GGAAGAUGGCGGGCGAGGGCCCCGGCGGGCCGGACCGGGAGCUGGACGAUCUGCUGGACAGCGCCCUCGAUGACUUCGACAAGGCCCAGCCUCCCCCGCCGCCCCCGAGGCCCGCCGCGGACGCCCCCGCCCAGCCAAAAUCUCCCGGGGACACGGCCAAGGAAGCCCUGUUCGCCUCCCAGGAGAAGUUCUUCCAGGAGCUGUUCGAUGGCGAGUUGGCAUCCCAGGCCACGGCCGAAUUCGAGCGGGCCAUGGAGGAGCUGGCCCGCGAGGAGCCCCACCUCGUCCGCCAGUUCCAGAAGCUGUCCGAGGCCGCCGGGAGAGUGGGCAGUGAUGCAUCCUCUCAGCAGGAAUUCACGGCAUGCCUGAAGGAGACCCUGAGCGGACUGGCCAAGAAUGCCACCGACCUGCAGGCGUCCGGCGUGUCGGAGGAGGAGCUGGCGCGGGCCGUGGAGGGGCUGGGCCUGGGCCUGGGCACAGACGAGGGAGGCGGGGAGGAGGGCAACGGCGUCCUGCCCGUCAUGCAGAGCCUCAUGCAGAGCCUGCUCUCCCGAGACGUGCUGUACCCCUCCCUGCGUGACAUCACCGACAAGUACCCGGAGUGGCUGCGGGUCCACGGGCCGGCGCUGGGUGCGGAUCAGCUGCAGCGGUACCGGCAGCAGCACCGCAUCAUGGAGCGCAUCUGCCAGCAGUUUGAAGCCGAAGCGCCGGGGGACGGGCCCGCCCAGCGCACCGCCCGCUUCGAGGCCGUGCUGGACCUCAUGCAGCAGCUCCAGGACCUGGGCCACCCCCCAAAGGAGCUGGCAGGGGAAUCGCCACCGGGCUUCAACUUUGACCUGGACGCCUUGAACCCCGCGGGGCUGGCGGGGGCCAGCGGAGAGCAGUGUCUGAUCAUGUGACACCCGUCCCCCGCACACUCUCGAACCCCGCACCCCGGGGUCUCCCCCUGCUGCCGGUGAGGGGCCGGGGAUGAGGGUGGGGGUGAUGCCGAGUUGAGGGUGAAGUGAUCCCUCCCAGGGAGGGGAUCCUCUGUGCCUUGCUCCCCCCCGGAGUCCCCUCCCCAAAAGCUGCAGGAGUCCAAGCGUUCGGGCCCACCCGGCCCCGGACGGCAAGCCGUCUCUCCCGUGCCCCCAGCCCCGGGGAUGGGGAGGGAUGGCGCACGGAGGUUUGGAUGUGGGUGAGGGGGCUGCCUCUGGAAGCCCCCCUAUACACCUCUCCCCUGCCUCCCUUCAAUAAACACCGUCACUGAGGCUGGA